GGAAAGAUGAGCAAUGUAACAGAAUUCAUCCUUCUGGGUCUCACCCAAAAUCCAGAUCUGCAGAAACUCUUGUUUACUGUGUUUUUAGUGACCUAUGUGAUCACACUGGUAGGUAAUACGCUCAUAUCUGUCACCAUCUUCAUCAGCCCAGCCCUGGGCUCUCCCAUGUACUUCUUUCUCUCCUGUUUGUCCAUUAUAGAUGGUUUCUACUCUUCCUCCAUAGCACCCAAAAUGAUCUUUGACUUGAUCUCUGAAAGGAACGCCAUAUCCUUCAGUGGCUGCAUGACUCAGCUCUUUGCUGAACAUUUCUUUGCUGCAGCUGAGAUCAUCUUGCUACUGGCCAUGGCCUGUGACCGCUACGUGGCCAUCUGUAAGCCCUUGCACUACAUGACCAUCAUGAGGCGGCAGGUGUGUGUUUUCCUGGUGGGGGCGGCUGGGGUCUUGGGGUUCAUUCAUGGGGGCAUACAGAUUUUGUUUAUGGCCCAGUUACCAUUCUGUGGCCCCAAUGUCAUCGACCACUUUAUGUGUGAUUUAAUUCCUCUCCUGGAGCUGGCCUGCAUGGACACCCACACUUUGGGGCCCCUGAUUGCUGCCAACAGUGGGUCACUGUGUUUGAUCAUCUUCUCCAUGCUGGUGGCUUCCUAUGUGGUCAUCCUGUGCUCCCUGAGGACUCACAGCUCUGAAGGACGCCGCAAAGCCCUGUCUACCUGUGCCUCUCACGUCACGGUCGUUGUCCUGUUCUUUGUCCCUUGCUCAUACCUGUACCUCAGACCCGUGGUCUCCCUCCCCAGUGACAAAGCUGUGACAGUGUUUUGUACCCUAGUGUCACCUAUGUUAAACCCUUUGAUCUACACCUUCAGAAAUGAGGAAGUGAAAAAGGUUAUGAAGAAGCUCUGGGGUCAAAUGCUGAAAGCAGAUCACAAAUAA